CGCAGGCGUAUUUCCUCUUGUACAGUCGUCUUCGGCUCGCUUUCUCCACCGUCUCCGGCGACGAGCGGAAGCAACCUUCUCCGGCGAGCGGAGGCAACCCUGGGGGGCUAGGCGAGCAGCAGGAUGCAGGUGAAGCAGAAGGUGUACGAGCUCUACAAGGGGACGGUGGAGCGGGUCACGGGGCCGCGCACCGUGUCGGCGUUCCUCGAGAAGGGCGUCCUCUCCGUCCCCGAGUUCAUCCUCGCCGGCGACAACCUCGUCUCCAAGUGCCCCACCUGGUCCUGGGAGGCGGGCGAUCCGAGCAAGAGGAAGCCGUAUCUCCCUCCCGACAAGCAAUUCCUCGUCACCAGGAACGUGCCUUGCGUAAGACGCGCUGUCUCACUUGAAGAAGAGUAUGAUGCAGCAGGAGCUGAGGUAGUUCUCGGUGAUGAUGAGGACGGUGAAGGCUGGCUUGCCACACAUGGAGUGCAAGCAUCAAAGCCAGAAGAGGAGGAAGACAUACCAUCGAUGGAUACAUUGGAUAUAGGGAAAACUGAAGGGAUAAACUCUAUUCCCUCAUACUUCAGUGCUGGUAAGAAGGCUGAAGAAGAGGAGGAUAUACCAGACAUGGACACUUAUGAAGACACAGGGAAUGAUUCAGUGGCUACCGCUCAACCUUCAUAUUUUGUCGCAGAAGAGCCUGAAGAUGACAACAUCCUUCGUACUAGGACAUAUGACGUUAGCAUCACAUAUGAUAAAUAUUACCAAACCCCACGUGUCUGGCUUACCGGAUAUGAUGAGUCAAGAAUGCCAUUAAAGCCUGAACUUGUGUUUGAAGAUAUCAGCAAGACCAUGCGCGGAAGACGGUAUUUUCAUUCAUUUCAGUAUUUGCUAUUGACAUGUAAAAUGAAACAUGAAUCAACUUGAACUGUGGAUUGGUUCACCAAUAUCUUUAAUUUUGUUAGUACUGCUUAUAUUUUGAACCGAGUCUAUUAUAUGUUUCUAAAACCUCAAUGUCAUAGAGUACACCAUUACGCAUUAAGCCAAUGAAAAGGAUUUGAAGUAUUUUUUUUUUGAUAUUUGAUAUUAGUAAUGUCUCCAGAAAUUAGAUUUUGCAAUGGUAGCAUACUGGAAUUAUUGGCCUCCUUUCUAUCAUUUUACUGUCAUUUUCCGUCAUUCUCACAACUUAGAAGUGUAUGUCUGUAAUGAUGGUUCGUGUAUUUUAAGCCAUAUACAUCAUGCCACACGGUUCGAUAAAUUUCAAGGUUUAGUGUUAGCUCCUUUGUGGAUUGCAACAAACCAGUGUACUAGUUAAGUCAUCUACUACGCAUUGCAUGUUGAUGACACUGAAGUGGAUUGUGUUGCCACAGGUGACUAUUGAAGACCAUCCUCACUUGUCAGCAGGCAAGCAUGCUUCAGUGCAUCCAUGCAAACACGCUGCUGUGAUGAAAAAGAUCAUUGAUGUUCUAAUGUCUCGAGGAGUUGAACCAGAAGUUGACAAGUAACUUUUCAUAUUUUUGAAGUUUAUGGCCCCAGUCAUACCCACUAUUGAAUAUGACUACACUAUGGACUUCGAUCUGGGCAGUACAAGCAGAUGAUUUGUUAAUUGAAGGAAAGUGAAAGAUCCUGUAGAAGGUGUACCAAGGCUUAUCAUGGUGCCUAAUCAUUGCUUGGUGGAAAGAUUUGUAUAUGCAAUACGUGCGUGCAUGUCUGCUCAUUCGUUUGGAAAGUAACUGUAAACUCUGCAGAAACAUCAGUACAUGUAACACUACAUACCCGUUUCACUUGAAUUCGUUUGCCUUCAGAUUGAAUCCAUCUGUUCUUAGAUGCA